UCUGUAAUUCUCUCCUAGGAAUUAUUUGUAGAGUAGUAAGUAUGCUGAUAGUAAAUAAGACAGCAAGAUUUUUUUCUAAGCCAUUGAAGAGUAAAGUUUAUGGACUUUUAAGAACUUUCCAUGUUCAUUCUGGAACAUGUUUCCGUCAUAAACUAGUACUGGGAAUUGAAACCAGCUGUGAUGAUACAGCAGCUGCUGUGGUGGAUGAAACCGGAAAUGUGUUGGGAGAAGCAAUACAUUCCCAGACGGAAGUUCAUUUAAAAACAGGUGGGAUUGUUCCUCCUGUAGCUCAACAGCUUCACAGAGAAAAUAUUCAACGGAUAGUAGAAGAAACUCUUUCUGCCAGUAGCAUCUCUCCAAGUGACCUGUCAGCAAUAGCAACAACCAUCAAACCAGGACUGGCUCUAAGCUUGGGAGUCGGCUUAGCCUUCAGCUUACAGCUCGUAAAUCAGUUUAAAAAGCCAUUCGUUCCUAUUCAUCAUAUGGAGGCCCAUGCUCUUACGAUUAGGCUGACCAAUAAAGUAGAAUUUCCUUUUUUAGUUCUUUUGAUCUCUGGAGGUCACUGUCUGUUGGCAUUAGUCCGAGGUGUUUCAGAUUUUCUGCUUCUUGGGAAGUCUUUGGACAUAGCACCGGGUGACAUGCUGGACAAGGUGGCAAGAAGACUUUCUUUAACCAAACAUCCAGAGUGUUCUACAAUGAGUGGUGGGAAGGCUAUAGAACAUUUGGCCAAACAAGGAGAUAAAGGCCAUUUUACUAUCAAUCCACCGAUGCAGAAUGCUAAGAAUUGCAAUUUUUCUUUUUCGGGACUUCAGCAUAUUAUUGAUAAGCUAAUAAGACACAAGGAAAAAGAAGAAGGCAUUGAGAAAGGACAAAUCCUGUCGUCAGCUGCAGACAUUGCUGCUGCAGUACAGCAUACAACAGCGUGCCACCUUGCAAAGAGAACACAUCGUGCUAUUGUGUUUUGCAAACAGAGAGAUUUGUUGCCUCCAACUAACGCAGUAUUAGUUGUAUCUGGAGGUGUUGCAAGUAACUUGUAUAUUCGAAGAGUAUUGGAAAUUGUAGCAAAUGCAACACAAUGCACUUUGUUGUGUCCUCCUCCCAGACUGUGCACUGAUAAUGGCAUUAUGAUUGCAUGGAAUGGAAUUGAAAGGUUACGGGCUGGCUUGGGCAUUUUACAUGAUGUGGAAGACGUCCGAUAUGAGCCAAAAUGUCCUCUUGGAGUAGACAUAUCCAAAGAAGUUGCAGACGCUGCCAUAAAAGUACCACUAUUAAAAAUGACAAUUUGACUUGUGAUUUUUAAAGGUCUCUACAGGUAAUAUUUCAAACAAUAAAAUUAAGUUUGGGUGUUAAAUAUGUUCAUUAGACAUCAAGACUUUUAUUACACAUGCGUAUAUACAUAUUCCUGUAAGGAAACAUGCCAGUGCGUGCAUGUGUGAGUGUGCAUGGUAGUAAGGAGUCAUUCACAAUCCAGGUGUCACACUCGGGAAUGCUC